AUGCCUUUAGAAGCAGUGGACGCUUUGUCUGAUGAUGACAAAGCUCGUGUACCUGCUCCUGAUCCUCCAAUCCCAGAGCCAGAGAAAUCCAGCCCAAGCACUUCCAAGGGAAGAGGGAAGGGUCGAGGCAAAGGAGGUGGCGAAAGCAAACCGGAGGCGAAAGAAGUGCGAGAACCAUCUUCCAAACCAAAGGCGAAAUCAAAGGGGAAAGCGAAGGCAAAAGGCAUGCCUAAACCAACAGGGGAUUCCACAAAAGCGAAAGGUGAACCAAAGGUGAAGGCUUUGAAACGCCCAGCUGCCUCUUCCACGGCUGGCGCUCCACCCAUGAAGCGGCCGGCAACCGACCCAGAGAGGGUGUCUGCGUCCAAAGGAUUGUACAAAAAUGGUGUUUGGGGGAUCAAACUGAACCAGAAGGAAGUCAUCCGUGUAAAGCCCCAUCCCGAUAUCAGCGAGGCAGACUUGGCUGAGAUCGCAGCUGCGGUCAAAGAAGAGUUGAUCCGGACCAAAGGGGAUUUGGCGGCAAGCAAAGCCUUGCAUGAAUCUAUGCUCAAUGCUGCCAAGUUGAAGGCUGUUCCCGCUCGCAAGGUUGAGGCCCCGGCUUUGCAGGAAGAUGCCUGUGAGGGGGAGCCCAUGGUGGAGGGUGAGGAGGAAGAGAACUUGGAGCACGAUGCUGUGGAGGACAUUGACUGA